AUGGCGGAACAGCAGGAUCUUGAAUCCGUGUCCACUUCCCUCGCCGACCCUGCCCUGCUCGAGAAGUUCGACAAGCUCUUCGCGUGCAAUGUCGGUGAAUAUGUGUCUCUACCACAGCUCAUCGCAGUGGGGGACCAGUCCAGCGGUAAAAGCUCUGUUCUAGAGGGCUUGACUGGUCUUCCCUUUCCUCGGGACAGCACGUUGUGUACACGCUUUGCCACCCAGAUUGUUUUUCGUCGAGCCGCUGGACAGAUUACCCGUCGCAUCAGGGCGUCAAUUAAGCCUGCUCCGAACUCGACCCCAGACUGUGUUUCCAGAUUGAAGGCAUGGUCGAAGCCAGAUAUGACCACCUUGGAGCGAAAGGCCUUUUCAAAUAUGAUACAUGAGGUGCACAGCGUUAUGGGGGUUCGAAGCCGCGAGGACCAGUCAAACCCGACAUUCUCGCGGCAUGUCUUUCGUAUCGAUAUCAGCGGUCCUGAUGAGGACCAUCUUGCGGUCAUCGACGUCCCUGGGAUAUUCAAAAGUGUGACUCCAGGUGUGACAACAAAGAACGACAUCGAGAUAGUGCGCACAAUGGUUCAAGAUUAUAUGAAAAACCCCCGUUCAAUAAUCCUUGCAGUUGUUCCCGCGAACGUUGACGCUGCCACUCAGGAAGUUAUCGAGCGGGCUCGUGAGGUCGAUCCUGAGGGUCAGCGAACUCUAGGCGUGCUUACGAAGCCUGAUCUGGUGGAUCGCGGAGCAGAACAGCAGGUCAUAGACCUGAUAUCCGGUAGGGCCAUGCCACUCAAGCACGGCUGGGUGCUUGUUCGCAAUCUCGGAAAGAGUGAACUCGCCAUCGGUGACAAAGCCCGCGAGGAGGUAGAGGAAGAGCUCAGGACGCGAGGUGGAUGGAGUUCCAUUCCUCGAGACCGAUAUGGCAUCCAGUCUCUCAGAGAGCGGCUGCAAGAGACAGUAACUGAGAAUGCUCGUCGAGAAUUUCCAAUGGUGCGCUUGGAUAUCAACAAGAAGCUGAGAGAGGCCAAGGCCGCAUUGCAUGCCCUUGGCCAUGAGAGGGCCCAUCGCAGUCAGCAAAUUGAUUUCUUGUUAGAUAUUGUCGCUAAGUUCCAGGAGAUCAUGGGCAAUGCACUGCGCGGUAACUACGGGGCAGACGGUAUCUUCGACAAACUCAAGCGCCUUCGACUUGCAACUAUAGUCGUGGACCGCAACGAACAGUUCAAGUCUGAUAUGGUGCAACUUGGACAUGUAUAUCGCUUUCACAACGAGGCCGAAACUAGCUUCCAGUCACCGUCCGCCAGUCCAAAGCACAGCAGUAGUGCCGAAAGCCAAGUCACCACGCGUAAAGUCGAAACUAGACUAGAUGUUAACGAUAACCUCAUGGAGCCUGAGCUAUUAAUUGCUCCCGUUGCGGACGAUAUUUACAAGUGGCUAGAAAGUGAAUAUCGGAGCUCACGGGGGUUCGAGGUUGGGACCUUCAACACCUCCCUCCUACCCACUGUCAUGAGAAGGCAGUCCAAGAAGUGGAAGAGUAUCUCACUGGGCUAUAUUAGCGACAUCGUUGCAGUUGUGAAUACGUUCAUUGUCAGCGUCCUUACCGAUCUAUGCGGUGACCCCCGUAUAUCUCGAGGCCUGUUGUCUAUAAUGACAGAUGGUCUCCAUAGGGCAUACUCCAAAGCAGUAAAGCAUACCAUUUUCUUGCUAGAGAAUGAGAGAAGUGAUAGUCUCAUGUCACUUCAUCAAUCAUUCACAGAUACCCUGCAGUCUCGGCCGGAAGCAAAAAUGCAAAAGCUCAUCACCGAGAAAACAUUUCACGCCGGAUCUAUGGGAAAGGUGGCUCGGGUCGAUGAUAUCAAAGCCGUAAUGCCAAUAUCGGACAGCCAGGAGUAUAUGGUACGACAAGUACAUGACAUAUUGCAGUCAUAUUACCAUAUCGCCCGGGCCCGACUCAUCGACAACGUUUGCAUACAAUCUACAAAUUACUAUCUGUUGAAUGGCCCAAACAGUCCCAUGAAGCUUCUGUCGCCGACGUUCGUGUACCGACUGUCCGAUCAGGAAUUGGAGGACAUUGCCGGCGAGGAUCCUGUCAUUCACAGACAGCGGUUACGACUGUGUAGAGAAAUCGAAGAUCUUGAAACGGCCAGAAGGAUUCUACUCUGA